AUGAGACGUAUCAAAUUAUUCCUUGCUCUUACGAGCCUCUACCCCCUCGUCAGCGCGUCAAGCGAUUAUCAACAUUCUACAACAGAUCUAGAACCCCUACAACCAUGGGAAACAAAUAUCACAAAUCCCAACUCCUUUCCCGCGGGGCCCGGAGUUUCCUUUGACGCGAGCGAGGCAAAUUGCACUUUUGAAUGGGAGUAUUGGGGUACCAAUGGGCCGUAUGGCCAAGCUUUCGGGUGCAUUACGACAGAAGAGUCUCAAUCAUCAUCCUCCUUCUCAGGCUCAAGCUCAACCUCGAGGUGGACCAUUGAGAUCUCUGAAGCGAGUGGUAACUGGACGUCGCCAACAGAGAACGUCGAUGUCAAAUUCACUCUCACGAGCAACUUGACGGUAGAUGUUAACGAGUAUUACAAGGUCCUAGCCGGAACGCAUCAUUUCGAGGUUGGGAAAAACAUGGUAGGAUCAUGUGGCGGCAGUGGCGUGUGCUCCUGGUAUUUAGAUAACAAAAACGGGCCGGCGUUGAUUCAUCCUACGAUUAUGGCUUGCGAGGGGGCUUGCUGA